AUGGAAGAAGGCAGUGACUAUUAUGUUGUCAAGAAAGGGGACAUGGUUGCUGUUUAUAAAACUUUAAAUGAUUGCCAGGCGCAAAUUUGCUCUUCGGUAUCUGGUCCUGCUGCAAGUGCCUACAAGGGUUAUUGCUGGAGCAAAGAAAAGGCAGAAUACCUCUCUUCACGUGGACUAAUCAAUGCUUCGUAUACAAUCAGUGCAUCUGAACUUAGGGAAGAUUUAUUGGGUGCCCUUGUGCCCUGCACUUUCCAGGAGGUAACUGCUACUAGUUCAAACCAACGAGCUCCAAAUCUGUCCACCCUCGGCAGUGAUAUAAGAUAUCAACCUGGCAUCCAUAAUGAUAUAAAACAUGAGCCUGGGACACAACCUGUGGAUCUGAAUUAUAGUGUCGCUGGAUCUGGUCAAGCUCAAGGUUACUCAGUCCAGGAACAUGCAUUUAGUGGGCAGGAAGCCAAACCAAGGUCCUCCAGUUAUUCCUUGCCAAAUAACCUUAACCACACUGGAGCUUUUGAUGCACAACCUGUCUCAAAACAAUAUAUGGUAUGUGUGGUUCACUUUGAUGGUGCUUCAAAAGGAAACCCAGGAAAAUCAGGUGCUGGAGCUGUACUUAUGACUGAAGACGGGAGAGUGAUAUCUCGACUUCGUGAGGGUCUUGGUGUUGCUACCAAUAAUGUUGCUGAGUACCGGGGCCUUAUCUUAGGACUGAAAUAUGCUAUCAGGCUUGGAUUCAAGAGAAUCAAAGUAUAUGGUGACUCUCAACUAGUCUGUUAUCAGGUGAAAGGUACGUGGCAAGCAAAGAAAGAGAACAUGAUGGAACUGUGCAAAGAAGUGAGAAAACUUCAAGAGAACUUCAUCUCUUUUGAGGUCCACCAUGUGCGACGGGAAUGGAACUCUGAGGCGGAUCGCCAGGCAAACAUAGCCAUCACCCUCGCAAGCGGCGCGGUUUCUGAGGAGCGUGGCGACGGCUUCUGA